CCGCGAAUAAUUCCAGUGUCAGUCACUCCCAUCCACGCUGACGGGCCGGGCAAGCCCGCCUCUCCUCGUUAGGGUCCCAUCCCCCAUAGGUUCGCCACUCAGCCUCGUCCUUCGGGCGAAGAUUGCGCGCGGCUCGCCCUCUCUCGGGCCGCCCCCAGCCUGCUCCCUGCCCUCUGCGCCCAGCUCGCCCAGCGCUCGGGUCCAGGAGCUCCCCCUCGGGGCGGCGCGCGGUGGCCGCCCGCAGGGUUGGCAGCUGCGCCCACCGCCGGGCCGCCCCGGCGACUCGCUCACCCGCCCGCCCACGUGCGUGGAGAGGAGCGAAGCGCAACCAGUCGCGGCGCCUGCGCCUGCCGCCGGUGCGUGCCUCACCUCGGAGGUCGGCGGGGCCGUAACCCGAGCCCCGCUGCCACGACCGAUAUUUGCAUAAUUCUGUCCCCCCCACCUUCUUUCGGACUCAGGGCUGGAGAUGCGAGUCGGGCUCCCCUCCGAGGCGUCGUCUUGCCGGUGGUCAGCGCGGGGGCCGCGGGACCGGCCGGAGCGCAGGAGGAGCGGGGUGGCGCACGUGCUGUCUGACAACAUCUACCCGGUGGAGGACCUCGCCGCGACGUCGGUGACCAUCUUCCCCAAUGCCGAACUGGGAGGCCCCUUUGACCAGAUGAACGGAGUGGCCGGAGAUGGCAUGAUCAACAUUGACAUGACUGGAGAGAAGAGGUCCUUGGAUCUCCCAUAUCCCAGCAGCUUUGCUCCUGUCUCUGCACCCCGAAACCAGACCUUCACUUACAUGGGCAAGUUCUCCAUUGACCCCCAGUACCCUGGUGCCAGCUGCUACCCAGAAGGCAUCAUCAACAUUGUGAGUGCAGGCAUCCUGCAAGGGGUCACCUCCCCUGCUUCCACCACAGCCUCAUCCAGCGUCACCUCUGCCUCCCCCAACCCAUUGGCCACUGGACCCUUGGGUGUGUGCACCAUGUCCCAGACCCAGCCUGACCUGGACCACCUCUACUCUCCGCCGCCUCCGCCUCCUCCUUAUUCUGGCUGUGGAGGAGACCUCUACCAGGACCCCUCGGCGUUCCUGUCGGCAGCCACCACCUCCACCUCCUCCUCUCUGGCCUACCCACCACCUCCUUCCUACCCGUCCCCCAAACCAGCCACGGACCCAAGUCUCUUCCCCAUGAUCCCAGACUACCCUGGAUUUUUCCCAUCACAGUGCCAGAGAGACCUACAUGGUACAGCUGGCCCAGACCGCAAGCCUUUUCCCUGCCCCCUGGACUCCCUGCGAGUCCCCCCUCCACUCACUCCACUCUCCACCAUCCGCAACUUUACCCUGGGAGGGCCCAGUGCUGGGGCCACAGGGCCAGGGGCCAGUGGAGGCAGCGAGGGACCCCGGCUACCUGGCGGCGGCUCAGCAGCUGCCGCUGCUGCCGCCUAUAACCCACACCAUCUGCCACUGCGGCCCAUUCUGAGGCCUCGCAAGUACCCCAACAGGCCUAGCAAGACCCCAGUGCAUGAGAGGCCCUACCCGUGCCCAGCAGAAGGCUGUGACCGGCGCUUCUCCCGUUCUGACGAGCUAACACGGCACAUCCGAAUCCACACAGGGCACAAGCCCUUCCAGUGUCGGAUCUGCAUGCGCAACUUCAGCCGCAGUGACCACCUCACUACCCACAUCCGCACCCACACUGGCGAGAAGCCCUUCGCCUGUGAUUACUGCGGCCGCAAGUUUGCCCGGAGUGAUGAGAGGAAGCGCCAUACCAAGAUCCACCUGAGACAGAAGGAACGCAAGAGCAGUGCCCCCUCGUCGUCGGUGCCGGCUGCCUCCACGGCCUCCUGCACCGGGGGCCCGCAGGCUGGGGGGACCCUGUGCAGCAGCAACAGCAGCACUCUUGGUGGAGGGUCCCUCGGCCCUUGCUCAUCUCGGACCCGGACACCUUGAGAUGAGACUCCGCUUGACACACCAGCUCCUUGAGGCCCCAGAGGCCCUUCGUCCACUGGAGCUGCAUGACAAACACUACCACCCAUUCCUGCCCUUCCCUCAUUUCAUUGGGCAAAGAGCCUUGGAGGAGCCUAGCACUGCCCCCCACCCCCUUUCCACUUAGAAGCAGGUCCUUCCUAAAACUUAGCUCACCUUAGUCUCUCUUAGGUGAGUUGACUGUCACCCCAAGGUAAUGGGGAGGCUCAGAAGGGGGUUGGGUGGGGGUCCCUGGCCUAGAGGGCUGAGGCCUGACCCUACCUUAAAGGGUUGUUUGAUGAGGUUUUGUUCCCCUUCUCUUAUUUUGACUGGUUACAGGUUUUUGACUCUGGAUGUCAGAAUUGAUCUGAGACUUUUCCUACAGUAGGUUGGGAGAUGCUGAUCCCUUCAGGUGGGGACAGCAAAGAAGGCAGAAGCAAAAUUGAUGUGCACUUUAUGGCUUGGGACUGAUUUGGGGGAUGCUGUACAGUGGGUGAAGCAUGGCAUUUAUAAAGCUGCCUUCUGUGUCCCUAGGCCAGUGAAUCAAAGCUUAUCUAGUCAUCUCAACCCUUUAAGCAAUAUGUAUUAUAAAUUCAGAGAACAGAAGUGCAAUGUGAUGGGAGGGACAUAGCAAUAUCUGCUCCUUUUUGAGUGGUUUGAGAAACGUAAAGACUAUUUUUUCAGUGUAUAUCCAUUCAGAUUUUGUGUAUUUUUGAUGUGCACUGUUCUCCAAGUUCUGAACCUUUGGGAAAAAAAAAGCAUUUAUGAUCUCUUGAAAUGAGUCAGAGGUUAACUUAUUAAGAGGGAUGUACAUAUAUUCUCUGAAACUAGGAUGCAUGCAAUUGUGUUGGAAGUGUCCUUGGUGCCUUGUGUGAUGUAGACAAUGUUACAGGGUCUGCAUGUAAAUGGGUUGCCUUACUAUGGAAAAAUCACUCCCUGGGUUUAGUAUGGCUGUAUAUUUCUGCCUAUUAAUAUUUGGAAUUUUUUUUAGAAAAUAUAUUUUUGUAUGCUGUUUUGUGACUUAAAAGUGUUACCUUUGUAGUCAAAUUGCAGAUAGGAGUGUAAAUAAUCUUACUGGAGCUGACUUGUUUGGUUAUUAGCUCUUAAUAGUUGUGAAAAUAUAAAUGAUUUAUUCUAACACAAAACCACUAACUAAAGUUCAGAUAACGAAUGGUUUAUGACUAUCGUGUAAAUAAAUACUUUUCAACAAUAUUUUUGCUGCAGAAAUUAUUUAUGAAAGAUUUAUUGGGUGGGUUUUAGUAGUUUGACCAAGCCAGAAUCUCCAGGUUU